UUAUUCGCGUUGGGGCUCUGCCAAGAGGAUGAGGUGAAGCUUUAUGAAAGUGCUGAUGCUCAGGCGGACUCAACCCUGCCAACACGUGACGGUGACCUAACUUGUCGCCCGACUGGACAUGAACAUCACACGUCGGACCACAAAGGACCUGUACAAGCUCCACCUUUCUUUAUGACGGACACUAAUCAGCUCAGUUCCUCGCUAUCUGAUCAGCCAGAGGCCCAAGGAGUUAAAACACUCGUUGGAGAAAACACCACUGAUAGCCAACAGCUGGCUACUUCCAACGGUAGUGUGCCUAAAGAGCAAUCCGGAUCUAUCGCCCAAGCUACCCCAGCCUUGACAAGCGAUCACCAUCCAUCCGAUGCAUGGGAGCAAGACACGACCACUUCACCUCGCCUGCAAGUUGUCGACGAAAAGCAGGAGUUCACGAAUGAUUUACCAGAGUAUAUGGAGAAAUGGGGUCUAGCACAUGCAGGCUUCGACUACAAUUGUGUUGCAGUGUUUGGAUCUCAAAGCACAGGAAAGAGUACUCUUCUCAACCGCCUGUUCGGUACUACAUUCGACGUUAUGGAUGAAACCCAGCGAAGACAAACAACAAAGGGUAUUUGGAUGUCUCGUGGUCGUGGCAUGCGUGUACUAGUAAUGGAUGUUGAAGGAACCGAUGGCCGCGAACGUGGUGAAGACCAAGAUUUCGAAAGAAAAUCAGCCCUGUUCUCCAUGGCUACCAGCGAAGUCAUUAUUCUCAAUCUGUGGGAACAUCAAGUCGGAUUGUAUCAAGGCGCCAAUAUGGGUCUAUUGAAGACUGUCUUUGAAGUCAACUUGCAGCUUUUCCAAAGUCAGCGAGGAAAGGAAAAGACUCUUCUGUUCUUUGUCAUCCGAGAUCAUGUAGGCUCUACUCCCCUAGCCAACUUGUCAAACACUUUACAAGCUGAUUUGGAAAAGAUUUGGGCAGGCUUGUCCAAGCCGGAAGGUUUGGAGAACUGCAAGAUUCAGGAUUACUUUGAUUUUAUGUACACUGGACUGCCCCACAAAGUCCUUCUUCCCGAGAAAUUCGACACUGAAGUCGAUAAUCUUCGCUCAAGAUUCACCAACCCUUCGGACCCCAAUUUUGUUUUCCAUCCUAAUUACCACAAGCGUAUUCCAGCUGAUGGUUUCCACGUCUAUGCCUCUGGCAUUUGGGAGCAGAUCAUGAGCAACAAGGACUUGGAUCUUCCCACACAGCAAGAACUCUUGGCUCAGUAUCGAUGUGAUGAGAUUGCCAAUACUGCAUCUGAAGUAUUUUUGGAAGCCAUAUCUGCCCUCAAAGCACCAGUUUUGGAAAAGGGACAAAUUGUCUCCGACUUGGGUUCACAGAUGUCAGACGCUAGACAGCAAGCUCUCAAGUCUUUUGAUAAAGAUGCAUCCAGAUACCAUGCUGGAGUGUAUGAGAAGAAGCGACUUGAAAUGUUGAAGAAGCUGAAUGCACAACUGAGCGUAUAUUUUGUUGGACAACUUCGAAAUUUGCACAAGCAAGCGGUUUUGAAAUUCCAAGAUCAUAUCAAGAAUGAACUCAAGAAGCCUUCUUACAAUUUCGCAACUGUCGUUGAAAACGCUACCGCCACUUCUGAGAAAUAUUUCAAAGACAAUGCCGAAGAAAUCGUGUUACAAGACACCGAUUGGUCUUACGAAUCGGAAUUCGUUCAACUGAAGGAAGACUUCUCUGAGCUCUCCGGCAAGGCUCGGUCAGAUGAGAUUAGGAAGAUGACAAAGGCUUUGGAGAAGCAAGUGGAGAAUGAAUUAGCCGAGCCUGUCUCUAUGGCUUUGAAUAAUCCAUCUGCAGAUAUGUGGCACAAGAUAUUAUCUACGUAUCGAACGGCGAAGGAGAAUGGUCAAGAUACUUUGAUCAAGAAAGCAAAGAGCUUUAACUCGUCUGACGAUGAAUUGGAAGAGUCUGUUAAUAACCUUGUUCUCCAAUCAUGGUUACUGCUUCGACGGAAGAUUGAUGAAGAGCUUGCCGACAGCAUGCUAUUGCUCAAGCUGCGAUCUAAAUUCGAGGAGAAGUUUCGAUAUGAUGAUCAAGGACUUCCAAAGGUGUGGAAGCCCGAAGAUGAUAUCGAUGCAUACUUCAAGAAGGCCAGAGAUGAUACUCUUGCUUUGAUACCUCUUUUUGCAAAGAUUGAUACAUCACAAGAUGAUGAUUUGACAGUAGAAUCCACAGAAGAUUUUGAUUACCAGAGAUCCCUCACUGUCUUGGGCGAAUCCAAACAACUCGAUAUCACAAACAGAUUCAAACGCGAAUCCGAUGCCUUCUACCUUGAAGCUAAGCGAUCUAUUGUGGCCACUACUGCCAAAAUUCCAAUGUGGCUUAUUGUCCUCCUCAUUGUCCUUGGAUGGAACGAGUUCAUGGCUAUCCUCACCAGCCCUAUCUACCUUAUCAUGUUUGUAUUCCUCAUAACAACCGGAUACAUCGUCUACGCUCUCAACCUUUGGGGACCCUUAGAGCGGGUUCUCUCCGCUAUUGCAGGUGAAGCCACCAAAAUCAUCCGUGAAAAAGUCGAACAUGGCGUCGAACGAGCAAGAGAUCAAGGUAUCGAGCUCAACGCCAUGAAGUCUUUUACUGGCUCAUCAAGUCAUGAUUCUAAUCAACGAGAUAAGGCGGAUUAGAGAGCUAUUAUAAUUAAUUGUAUUGAUGGGUAGCUCAAAUAUCACUAUUGUAAUAGGUGUGGUGUAGAAAUCUAUAUACAUAGCAAAGAUAUAAACUUUAUCUUGCUACUUCUCCACAAUGAGGAUUGCUUGUAUGUGAGACCAAGAGCAGUUCAUCUCUUGGUAUAGGAAUGUUGGUUCAAGUUUCUGUUUCAUUGUCAGUCGCCUC